ACCCAGAUUGCUUCUGAAUACCGCCUUAUAUCCGUUCGUAGCCCUCAAUUUACUAGAUUUGUUGAGAGACAUAGUUCUCACGUUAGUCACGAUGAUACCUCUGCAUAGGUUGACCGCAACUUUCUCUCUCCUCAUCUCCCCGCUCUGGGCACUCCCACACCCAUUCGAAACAGUCACCGUGACGGCUGAUGAUCCCACCGAAACGCCCAUCGGGUACGGAUACCCUCCAACCAGCAGCACUCCCACUCUGACGCCGUUCACGAAUCAGACGACAAGCGAGACGGCGCGGCUGCUAACUACGACCGCUCCUCCCUUAUCUUCUACAUCGUCGUCUAGGUCUAGGUCUAGUUUUACGGGACAUUGCGAUUACAGCUUCUGUAAUUCCGGGAGCAAGGUUUGCUUCUAUUGGGCUGGGAUAACGUCGUGGGAUGUAUCGCGAGGCCCGGUACCCGGCGAGGUCCCUACUAUAAUCGGGACUUGCUAAGUCAGACCGAGGGAGACGGGUUGGGGUUGAACUAUGUCUUCGAGAU